UUGCUGGGAUCACCUUACAUCAAGUUUAUUUAUAUUUUAAGUUUACCCUUAGAUAAGAUAAAUAAGAAAAUCUUGUGUUUUAGAAGAGGUUUUUCUAUUCUAAAAGGGGUUAAUCAGCAGGAAACGUCGUCAGAUGACGAUGGAUCCUCAGAGGCUACACGUGAUAUA